AUGGAUUUUACAAGUGCUGAUAUCCCAGAAUUGGCUGACAAUACUGAAAGGAAGGAAACUACAACAAACUCUUCUGCCAAUGAAAAGACAGAAGAAGUGAUUCACAAAUUGGAAGAAGAUAUAGAUUCUGCUUAUUCUUCGCUUGAAGCCAGGUUCUCAUCCUUGUGGAAGAAUGCUUCUUCUGGUGCUCAAAGCUUGCAAGAUAAGAUGGGUUUGGAAGAAAGAAAGAAAAAAUUCAUGGAUCAGUUGAAGUCUGCGAAGGAAAAUAUUAACAACAACGAGUCUGUUCAACAUAACAUUUCGUCACUAGAAAAUCAAUUGAAGGAUUUAGGCGAACAUGUGAAAGGUUUUGAAUCGAAAAUUGACUUUAAAACAAUUUCCGACCAAGCAAACAAGGCUUUGGAUUCAUUGGAUAGCAAGCUAGAAGGAAUUGAGCAACAAGCAGGCCAAAUUGUGAGUCUGUUUGCCUCUUUUUUCUCAAGCAUGGUAUCUAUUGACAAACCAGCAAAGCCCGAGAUUAAGGAGCCAGAAACAAUAUUCUCUACCUCAGCCGUUUCUAGCGCUGCUUACGGUUCUACUCGCUAUGAGACUGAUCUCUUCAAGUUGCACACUACGGAAUCUCGUUAUUUGGAGGCUUUUGAAAAUGAGGAAGAGGAACUAAAGUCGUUCGAUGCGGAAUCGAAAACAACGGACAUAAGCUCCUUGUUGAAAAAAUACCCAGACACUUUAGAGAAACUUAUGAAUCUGUUGGUGCCUGUGAAAAUUCCUUACAAUGUUUUCUGGUACAGAUAUUUCAGGUUGGAGAAUGAGCUUAAGGAAAACGAGCUUAAGAGAAAAGAAUUGUUGUCAAAGAAAGAUUUGAGUAAAGACAAAUCCUCUGCCAAUGAAGAGGACGGAGAAGAAGAUGAAGAUGAAGAGGAUUUCACAUGGGAUGAUGACGAGGAUGAAGAAGAAGAGGAAGAUGACGCUGCUGUACCCGUGGAGAAACCUUGA